GUUUUUCUAAAACAAACACCUUUAUGUAAAACAAUAAACAAAAGCGAAGAAGGCUAAGGAGGUAAUGUAAUAUUGUCAACACGUAGCAAUGUCCGUUUUGGAUUAAUUCAGCGGAGUCUUGAUACGGUUGUCGACUAGUUGACAACAAUCGCCCAACUGUAGCCGCUACAGGCGAACGCGAAUCACGCGCAACUUUCCGGCAACAUCACAAUAAUAAAAAUACAGCUGUAUAAUAUGGAUGUUAUUUAAAAAAAAAAUAAAAAAACUUAAGAAAAAUUUAAUUUCAAGACUAUAAUUACUAAAGUGAUAAGUGAUGAUAUUAGUUUGUGAAUAAAUAAAAUUAAAAUAGAGAUACCCAGUAAUGGCGAUCGAUGAAAAAAAGGUAGAGCAAGCAAACGUUAAAACUGUCGACAAGAUGACUAUUAACAACACUAACGAUUACAUAAGAAAUAGCAUAAGAAAAAGUAAAAAGGAAAAAUCUGAUUUAGAUACGAAAAAAGAAAUAAAAGUUGGAGAUAAUUGGGAUGAUUUAAAUUUCUUUCAAAAAGCGAGGCAUAUGUUUUCAUUGAUUACUGUGGAGCCAAUUUUAGCAUGCUAUGUAAUGCCAUCAGUACUGUCAGCAUUAGCUACACAGAAUUUAUAUUUAGAAAAGGCUUGUCGUGUAAAUUUAGCUUUCGAACAACAUAUUUGUGAUGCGCUAACCAAGAGAGAGACAGCGAAUUACACGAUGGAAGAAGAAGCGGUACAAACUCUUGUAGCGUCAGUUGCAGGAUGGAAAACUGUACUACAGUCAUUUUUACCUUGUGGUAUUUUAAUAUUUCUCGGAGCUUAUAGUGACAGAGUUGGCCAACGAAAGUUUUGUAUGCUUAUACCAAUUGUUGGGGAAUUCUUAACAAGCAUAGGUCUUAUUGUUAAUACGUUUUUCUUCUAUCAAUUGCCUGUGGAAGUAGCGGCUGUGACUGAGGCUAUUUUUCCGGCAUUGACUGGUGGUUGGUUUACAAUGUUCAUGGGAAUCUUCAGUUACAUAGCUGAUGUUACUACAGAGGAACAAAGGACUUUGAGAAUUGGAAUCGUAAAUCUAUUUUAUUCAUUGGGCGUGCCUGUGGGAGCAGCGCUCAGUGGAAUUUUAGUUCGGAAGAUUGGAUUAUACGGCGUGUUUUCGAUUAGCGCAACGCUCUAUGUUUUAAGUUUCAUUUACGGUUUCUUUAGAAUUAAAGAGGUCAAGAGGAAUGACUUAAAUGUUAAGCCGACAAAUAACUGCUGCGAAUGGCUGAGGGAUUUUUUCGACAUACGUUAUGUGAAGGAUACAAUAAUGGUGGCAUUCAAGCGAGGCCCCAACAAUCGCAGACUGAGAGUUAUUAUGUUGGUAAUCGUGUUGUGUGUUGUCAUUGGACCUAUUUAUGGUGAGAUGUCGGUUAUGUACCUCUUCACUAGGUACCGUUUUAAUUGGAACGAAGUGGAUUUCAGUAUGUUUUCAACCUACGCCAUGUGUACUUCACUAGUUGGGACCCUGUUCUCCGUUGGAGUUUUCAGUCACAUACUAAAGUUUGACGACGCCAUUAUUGGUGUAAUUUCAUGCACGAGUAAAAUUUUAUCAGGUUUUAUGUACGCUUUUGCGACGAAGACCUGGCACAUAUAUAUAGCUCCACUGAUCGAAAUAUUUAACGGAACAUCAUUCAUUGCAAUGAGAUCUAUGGUGUCAAAAUUAGUGGAUAAAGAUGAAUUGGGUAAAGUGAAUUCGUUUUUCGGUUUGGCAGAAGCAAUGAUGCCGCUAGUAUAUGCUCCAAUGUAUACAACUGUAUACACUGCUACUAUAAAGACAUUCCCAGGAGCAUUCUUCUUACUUGGAGGAGGACUUACUGUGCCAGCUGUUGUGAUAUUUUUGUGGUUGUAUUUGGCGAAUAAGAAAUAUGAAGCAAAAACAAAUGCGAACGAUAAAGAGAGCGAAAUGAAAUCUGAUCCAAAAGCAGAGAAAAAUGGCGUAGAAAAUAAAGCGUUCGAUACUGAUGAGGAGUUCAAAACAAAAAAUAAAGCAAAAACAGAAACAAUUGACAUUUCUAAUAAUGACAACGUCACUCAAUCACAAAUAGAGAUAGGCUUAACCCAAAGUAUGUUGUGUAACCGUACCAAUAACCUUUGAACAGUAACAUCACUAACCGUGGGUUUCUGAGCUCAAAAUCUCUGUGUAAAACAUAUCGUCAUCCCUGUCAUGAUCUGAAUCCACGGUAAUAGAUAAUAGAAUUAAGAAAAAUAUAACAUGAUAAUUUCCAUUUAUACCUUUUUAAUAAAAAUAAC